AAUAAACCCACCAAACACCGUCUCUUUCUUUUCCUUGUUUACUCCACUGCUCAAGAACUUCAUUCAGAUCUCUCUCGCCUGCGCCUGCGACAAAGCGGCUUCUUCUCUUCUGCUGCUUCCGCUGAAAAUGGCUGCCCACCUUCUGCAUCGACUACUCUUGCUUUUAUUAACCAAAACAUUGCUCCUCCGAUCAGCUUUCGCCGUGGAUUUUGUCUUCAACGGCUUCAGUUCGUCUGAUCUUUUAUUCUAUGGCACCGCGACUCUCGAAUCCCGUCUGCUCGUCCUCACAAACACUACCGCCUUUACCGUUGGUCGAGCGCUUUACAAUUCUAAGAUACCCACGAGGGCCCCCAACACGUCCGCUAUCCUCCCCUUCUAUACCUCCUUCAUCUUCUCCAUCGCUCCAAACAACGGCCAACUCUCCGGCCACGGCAUCGUCUUCAUCUUCGCUCCUACCGGCGGAAUCAAUGGCACCACCUCUUCUCAACAUCUCGGCUUCGUUAACCAUACCAACAACGGCAACCGCAAUAAUCACUUGUUCGGCAUCGAAUUUGAUGUAUUCAAAAAUCAAGAGUUCAACGAUAUCAAUGAUAACCACAUCGGCGUCGACGAGAACUCACUCACGUCGAAGACCGCCGAGCCGGCCGGUUAUUGGGCUGAAGAUAUGAAUAGCCGAAACGGGACCUUUCAUGAUUUGACGCUCAACAAUGGCGUCAACUAUCAAGUAUGGAUUGAUUACUCGGAUCUGCUUAAUGUCACUAUGGCCCGAGCCGGAAUGAAAAGGCCUCAGCGGCCUUUGAUUAGUACUCCUGUCAACCUCUCCGACAUUCUCCUGGAUGAAAUGUAUGUUGGUUUCACUGCGGCGACGGGACGGUUAGUUGAAUACCAUAGGAUUCUUGCUUGGAGCUUUAGUAAUUCGAAUGCUUCCAUCGGGGAUUCCUUGACUACUUUGAAUCUGCCAUCAUUUGUUCCUCCCAAGAACUCUGUUUUUCGUUCCAAAGGAUUCAUUGCGGGGAUUACAGUGGCGGUUCUCUUUGUUCUUGCCUGUUCUGCGGUGAUAUCUCUACUUUUGGUUAAGAGGAGGAGGAGGAAGGUAAGGGAGAGAGCGGAGAUGGAAGAUUGGGAACUGGAGUAUUGGCCCCAUCGGAUGAAUUAUCAGGAGAUUCACACGGCGACAAAGGGGUUCUCGGAAGAAAACGUAAUUGGGGUUGGAGGGAAUGGGAAGGUCUAUAAAGGGGUUUUGACAGGAGGAGCCGAGGUUGCUGUGAAGCGCAUUGCCCACGAGACUGAUGAAGGCAUGAGAGGGUUCUUGGCUGAAGUAUCGAGUCUGGGUCGACUGAAGCACAGGAACUUAGUUGGGCUGAGAGGUUGGUGCAAGAGAGAGAAGGGGAGUUUGAUGUUGCUGUAUGAUUAUAUGGAGAACGGGAGCUUGGACAAGAGAGUGUUUGAAUGUGAGCAGAGUAUGAUGUUGGGUUGGGAAGAUAGGGUGAGAGUGUUGAAGGAUGUGGCCGCUGGGGUCUUGUACUUGCACGAGGGAUGGGAGGCUAGAGUCUUGCACAGAGACAUAAAGGCCAGUAACGUAUUGCUCGACAGAGAUAUGAAUGGGAGGUUGGGAGAUUUCGGGUUGGCUCACAUUCACGGACAUGGCCAGAUGGCUAGCACAACGCGUGUGGUCGGAACUGUGGGCUACAUGGCUCCCGAAGUGGUUCGCAGCGGCCGGGCGUCUGCACAGACUGACGUAUUUGGGUUUGGAGUCUUGAUUCUUGAGGUUGCCUGCGGGCGGAGACCCAUAGAGGAAGGGAGACCACCUCUGGUUGAGUGGGCAUGGGGACUAAUGGAGCGAGGAGAGUUGCUGAAUGCGAUGGACGAAAGGCUGAGGGCCGUGGGCGGGUUCGACGCUGAGGAGGUCGAGAGGGUGCUUCAUUUGGGAUUGCUGUGUACAUACCCUGACCCCCGGGCUCGGCCGACGAUGAGGCAAGUAGUGAAGGUGUUGGAGGGUACGAAAGAGGCAGAGGAGUCUGAAGGAGAAGGGAUGGAGGUAUAUCUGCUUGGCAAGAUGAAAUCGGCUCCAAUGUGGCCUAGUUAUAGUAGCUCCAGCGGUGGAACUGGAAGCCACCCCACCUUUGAGGAGAUUCGACAGUCGAUCUCAUCUUCCAUGUCUCUCCCUGAUUCCGACGUCAUUUUGGUGGGUCGAUGAACGAUUUGUUCAGGCCAAGAAGCUGCACCGAUCAAGCUCCUGUUAUUAUUGUAUCGUCAAAGAAACAAAUCAAUAGAAUUGAUUUUUGGCUGAGAAGCGACACUCGAAACAGAAAACUCCAUUGAUCGAGAGCAUUGAUUUUUGAACUUUUGAAUUUGUUUGUGGGGGACGAUUUUGAUUUACAUUUUUUUUUCAGGUGAAGAUGAUAUUCAUACUUGUAGAUGUAAAUAUCACAUGUAAAGAACAGAAGAGCUGAGCUUAUAUGGAUUGUGAGAUAAAUCAUUGAAUUUAUUAAUUAAUUCAUAGAAUGAGAUUAAUGUCAUUCCCAUGCCAUCUGUUCUAUGUAGAUUUUUGUUCUGAUACUGAAAGCAUGUUGGCUCUGUUUCUCAAGGAAUGAAGCAGAGCAGAGCUGAAAAAGAAAGCCCUGUAUUGCGUAUAGGAUAAAAACA